AACUGAAAUUAGUUUGUACUGAAAUCCGUACAGUAACACACCAAUAACCAUGGCUCUUGCUUAUAUUUUAUUAGGUCUAUCAACAGUGGCCUAUUUGUUGUAUCUUUAUUUCACUCGUACGUUCAACUACUGGAAGGACCGGAGUGUCCCGGGGCCUGCGCCCGUGCCACUGUUCGGAAACAUGAUGGAGUCCGCACUACGUCGCACGCACGCAUCAUUCGUCAUGGCGAAAAUCUAUCACGACUUCCCAGACGAAAAAGUAGUCGGAGUCUACAGAAUGACGUCACCGUGCCUCCUCAUCAGGGACCCUGACAUUGUGAAGCAUAUUAUGAUCAAAGAUUUUGAUAACUUCGUGGACCGUGGCAUACAUUUCAGCGACGACAAAAUGGGUAAUAACCUUUUCCAUGCUAAUGCGAAGACGUGGAGAAUAUUGAGGAACAAAUUCACGCCACUGUUCACUUCAGGGAAGUUGAAAAAUAUGUUGUAUUUGUUGCAUCAGUGUAGUGACAAGGUUAUAAAGCACGUUGAGGAAUCAGUCCGAAUUGAACCUGAACAAGAGGUUUACGAAGUCGUAGGCAACUUUACUAUGGGGUCUAUAGCAGCUUGCGCGUUUGGUCUAGAUCUGGAUCCGACGGAAAAGACUGCAACCAUGGAAGCCUUGAAGAAUAUAAAUCAUAAAUUAUUAGGUCUCACCCACGCCUAUGAACUAAUAUUAAUGUACCCUGAAAUAUUUGUUAAAUUUGGUGUUUCGGUUUUUCCUGAUGAACUUGCAAACUUUUUUAAAGGUCUCGUUGCUCAAGUAACUGCUGCGAGAAACGGGGUACCGACAAACAGAAAAGAUUUCAUGGAUUUGCUUUUAGAGAUGAAACAAGCGAAUACAGUGCAGGGUAACAAAAGAUUGGAAGGUAAGGAGGCGGACACUCUAGAAAUAACGGAUGAUUUGAUAGUUGCUCAGGCUUUUGUGAUAUACGCUGGAGGUUACGAAACAUCCGCGACCACAAUGGCGUACAUGCUUUACCGUCUCGCUUUGAACCCGGAGAUUCAGGAGAAAGUGGCUGCUGAAAUUGACGAAGUCUUCGAGCGUCACGGCAGUGAAAUAACUUAUGAAGCGCUAAAGGACUUAACAUAUAUGGAUAAAGUUUUCCAUGAGACUCUUCGCUUGCACACGGUUGGAGACUCUCUUCUUAGGGUCGCCGCUGAAGACUACAAAGUCCCAGGAACUAAUGUAACUCUUCGAAAAGGUCAGACGGCUGUUAUUCCUAAUAUUGGGAUUCACUAUGAUGAAAAGUAUUGGCCUGAUCCGUUUAAAUUCGAUCCUGAGAGGUUCAGUCUAGAAAACGUGGCUAAACGGAAUCCAGCAGUGUUUCUUCCAUUCGGCAUUGGGCCAAGGAACUGUAUAGGGGUGAGGUUCGCGAAGAUGCAGAUCCGGCUGAUGAUGGCGAGGCUGUUGAGCCAGUUUAGAGUAGAAGCCACGGAGAACACAAGGCGCGAGUUCCGGUACAAUACGUACUACCUUGUUGCGUUUCCCAUUGGAGGGAUCAGGAUGAAGUUUGUACCGAGGCAUUGAAAUUUUAAAAAAUAGUUAUUCUAUUUGGGCGAAUCAACUUUUUGACCGACUCAAAUCAGUACGCAGAUUUUAAACGUUGUGAAGUUACACCCUUAGAUUAGGUAUUGAAUUUUAAUAGUACUUUAU